CGUCUGCGCCCGGCCCAGGACUGGGAAUCCAAGUCUCGCGAACGCGCCAGGGGCGUCCCGCAGCCGGGAGCGCGCCCCGCGGAUGACAACAAAUUCGUCGCGCGGCAGCGGUGGAGGAGUCCGUCUCAGCCCCGGUCGCAGGCGGUGCUGCCGCCUCGUGCGGUGUCUUGCACCCUCUUUCUGUGCCGACCAGGAACCCCUUGGAAGCCCCCAGGCUUGGGGCCGCUGGGACUCCGCACCUUGCCCGCGCCAGGCCUAGCGCGAGCGGCGCGGCGCUGGUGAUGGGGUCGCCCUGAGGGACGCCCAGCGCUGAGCGGGCAUGGAGGGCCCUCCCCGGGCCUAGGCCCCGCUGCAGCCUGGGCACACUGGCCGGGAUCUGAGGCGCCGUCACCGCCGCCGCCGCCGCCUGGAGCGGGAGCCUGGCCCCGAGGCCGGAGCCGCCUGCAGCCCCCGUCAGCCCAUCUGCCAGCCCUCAUCAUGCCUUGGCCGUUUUCAGAGUCCAUCAAGAAGAGAGCCUGUAGGUACCUCCUGCAGAGGUACCUGGGCCACUUUCUGCAGGAGAAACUGAGCCUGGAGCAGCUCAGCUUGGACCUGUACCAGGGCACCGGGUCCCUCGCCCAGGUCCCCUUGGACAAAUGGUGUCUCAACGAGAUCCUGGAGUCCGCAGAUGCGCCUUUAGAAGUCACUGAAGGAUUCAUUCAGUCCAUUUCUCUGUCAGUUCCAUGGGGCUCCUUGCUACAGGACAAUUGUGCACUGGAAGUGAAAGGGUUAGAAGUGGUCUUCCGACCUAGACCUCGCCUAGCAACUGGUUCUGAGCCUAUGUAUUGGUCAAGUUUCAUGACUAGCAGUAUGCAACUGGCAAAAGAAUGUCUUAGCCAGAAACUAACAGAUGAACAAGGAGAAGGAUCCCAGCCUUUUGAAGGACUUGAAAAGUUUGCUGAAACCAUUGAAACAGUACUAAGAAGAGUAAAAGUCACUUUUAUAGACACUGUCUUGAGAAUUGAACAUGUGCCAGAAAAUUCCAAAACUGGAGCUGCACUUGAAGUUCGAAUAGAAAGAACCAUGUACUGUGAUGAAACUGCCGAUGAGUCCUCAGGAAUUAAUGUUCACCAGCCAACAGCUUUUGCUCACAAGUUGCUUCAGCUCUCUGGAGUCUCUCUCUUCUGGGAUGAGUUUUCUGCAUCAGCAAAAUCUUCCCCAGUGUGUUCAACUGCACCAGUGGUGAGGAAAACAAAACAAAAGGAAACUGAGCCAAAGCUGUCACCUAGCUGGAAUCCCAAAAUUGUUUAUGAGCCACACCCACAACUAACUAGAAAUUUGCCAGAGGUGGCACCAUCGGAUCCAGUGCAGAUUGGAGGGCUAAUUGGUAGGUUGGAGUUGAGUCUCACACUGAAACAGAAUGAAGUACUUCCUGGAGCUAAGUUGGAUAUUGAUGGACAGAUAGACUCUAUACAUCUGUUCCUGUCGCCAAGACAGGUACACCUGCUUUUGGAUAUGUUAGCAGCUAUUGCUGGACCAGAAAAUUCAAGCAAAAUUGGGUUAGCUAAUAAAGAUAGAAAAAAUCGACCCAUGCAGCAAGAAGAUGAGUAUCGCAUUCAGAUGGAAUUAAACCGGUAUUAUUUGAGGAAAGAUUCCCUCUCCGCAGGUGUAUCCUCAGAGCAAAGCUUCUAUGAGACAGAAACAGCUCGAACACCUUCUAGCCGGGAAGAAGAAGUUUUCUUCUCCAUGGCCGAUAUGGACAUGUCCCACAGUCUCUCUUCUCUUCCACCCCUGGGGGAACCCCCAAAUAUGGACCUUGAGUUAUCAUUAACUAGUACAUACACAAAUACUCCAGCAGGAUCUCCAUUAAGUACUACUGUGCUUCAGCCAACAUGGGGAGAUUUCCUUGAUCACCAGAAAGACCAGCCAGUGAGAGGAUCAACACUACCAUCCAACCUAGUUCACCCGGCGUCUUUACAGAAAACUUCUCACCCUACCAGAUCUGUUUCAGUGGAUGAAUCCAGGCCUGAACUUAUUUUUAGACUAGCUGUGGGAACUUUUUCAAUCUCUGUGCUUCACAUCGAUCCUUUAUCUCCACCUGAAACGUCAUUGAAUCUUAAUCCAUUGACACCCAUGGCGAUAGAAUUCUUUACUUGUAUAGAAAAGAUUGAUCCAGCGGGAUUUUCAACGGAAGAUUUUAAGUCUUUUCGAGCAGUAUUUGCAGAAGCUUGUUCUCAUGAUCACCUUAGAUUUAUAGGUACUGGCAUCAAAGUAUCCUAUGAACAAAGACAGAGAUCAGCCUCCCGAUGUUUCAGCACGGACAUGUCCAUCGGGCAAAUGGAACUUUUGGAGUGCCUGUUUCCCACCGACUCUCAUUCUGUUCCGCCUCACUAUACAGAGCUUUUAACGUUCCAUUCCAAAGAACGGACUGAUUCCCACCCCCCUGUGUGUCUUCAGCUUCACUAUAAGCAUUCUGAGAAUAAAGGACCCCAGGGUAAUCAAGCAAGACUUAGUUCUGUACCUCAGAGGGCAGAAUUACAAAUUAAAUUAAAUCCAGUAUUUUGUGAGCUGGACAUCAGUAUUGUGGACAGGUUAAAUUCCUUGCUUCAACCACAAAAACUUACUACAGUGGAGAUGAUGGCAUCUCACAUGUAUACUUCAUAUAAUAAGCAUAUUAGUCUGCAUAAAGCUUUCACUGAAGUAUUUCUAGAUGACUCACAUAACCCUGCAAACUGUCGUGUAUCAGUACAAGUUGCCACACCAGCAUUAAACCUUUCUGUUCGCUUCCCGAUACCUGAUCUUCGAUCAGAUCAAGAGAGAGGACCAUGGUUUAAGAAGUCACUUCAGAAGGAGAUUCUUCAUUUAGCAUUCACGGAUCUAGAAUUUAAGACUGAAUUCAUAGGAGGAUCAACCCCUGAACAAGUUAAAUUGGAACUUACCUUUAGAGAACUAGUUGGGUCAUUCCAGGAAGAUAAAGGAGAGCCGUCCGUUAAGUUUUUCCACGUGACUAGUGGAGGCGAUGGAGAGACGACGCCACCGGAUGACUUCGACUGGCCGCGAAUUGUACUGAAAGUAAACCCACCAGCCAUGCAUUCCAUUUUGGAGAGAAUAGCAGCCGAGGAGGCGGAGGAGAGUGACAGCCACUACCAGGAAGAGGAGGAGGGGGCCGCUCAUUCCCUGAAAGACGUUUGUGAUCUGAGACGACCAGCCCCAUCUCCCUUCUCUUCUCGUAGAGUGAUGUUUGAAAAUGAACAGAUGGUGAUGCCAGGAGACCCUGUAGAAAUGACAGAGUUUCAGGAUAAAGCCAUCAGCAAUUCUCAUUAUGUGCUGGAACUUACAUUACCCAACAUUCAUGUAACACUACCUAAUAAAAGCUUUUAUGAGAAGCUUUAUAAUAGGAUCUUUAAUGAUUUGCUGCUAUGGGAACCAACAGCUCCUUCACCAGUAGAGACAUUUGAAAAUAUUUCAUAUGGUAUUGGGCUUUCAGUAGCCAGUCAACUGAUCAAUACCUUCAACAAAGAUAGUUUUAGUCCAUUUAAAUCUACUGUUCACUAUGAUGAGGAGAGUGGGUCUGAGGAGGAGACUUUGCAGUAUUUUUCUACCGUUGAUCCCAACUAUCGUUCCCGUAGGAAAAAAAAACUAGACUCUCAGAACAAGAACUCGCAGAGUUUUCUCUCAGUUCUUCUGAGUAUUAAUCAUGGAUUAAUGGCAGUGUUUACAGAUGUAAAGCAAGAUAGUGGAGAUCUGUUGGAAAACAAACAUGGUGAAUUCUGGUUAGAAUUCAAUAGUGGUUCUCUGUUUUGCGUGACAAAAUAUGAAGGUUUUGAUGACAAGCACUACAUCUGCCUUCAUUCAAGCAGUUUCAGUCUCUACCACAAAGGCAUAGUGGAUGGAGCAGUUCCUUCUACAGAAACACGACUGCCCAGUUCAACCCGCCCACACUGGCUGGAACCUACUAUUUAUUCCUCUGAAGAAGACGGCCUCAGUAGAGCCACUUCGGAUGCUGUGGGAGGGGACCCACUGAAUAUGCUCUCAGUGGCAGUUAAAAUAUUAUCUGAUAAAUCAGAAUCCAAUACAAAGGAAUUUCUCAUUGCUGUAGGACUGAAAGGAGCCACUCUCCAGCAUAGAAUGCUUCCUUCUGGCCUUAGCUGGCAUGAGCAGAUUUUACACUUCUUGAAUAUUGCUGACGAGCCUGUUCUGGGAUACAGUCCUCCAGCUUCAUUUACCACCUUCCAUGUGCAUCUCUGGGGCUGUGCCCUUGACUAUAGGCCUCUUUAUCUACCGAUCCGAUCCCUUCUCACUGUUGAAACAUUCAGCGUUUCGAGUAGUGUUGCCUUGGAUAAAUCGUCUUCCACUCUCAGAAUAAUCUUGGAUGAAGCUGCUUUACAUCUUUCUGACAAGUGUAAUACUGUAACUAUAAAUCUGAAUAGAGAUUACGUUCGUGUGAUGGAUAUGGGGCUUUUGGAAUUAACCAUAACUGCAGUAAAGUCUGAUUCUGAUGAAGAGCAAACUGAGCCACGCUUUGAGUUACACUGUUCGAGUGACGUUGUCCAUAUUAGAACAUGCUCAGACUCUUGUGCUGCGUUAAUGAAUCUCAUUCAGUAUAUUGCAAGCUAUGGGGACUUACAUGCGGCUAACAGGGCGGACAUGAAGCCUGGAGCCCCUCAAAGAAAGAUGAAGGUAGAUUCUAGUGGCCGAUCAUCCUCACGUGGUCCAGUACUUCCUGAAGCAGAUCAGCAGAUAUUACGAGAUUUGAUGAGUGACGCUAUGGAGGAGAUUGAUAUGCAAGAAGCUGCUUCGUCUGUAAAACCACAGUCUAACGGUGUUUUGGAUGCGAAGUCUCAAAUUCAGGAGCCGUGUUGUUCAGACCUCUUCCUGUUCCCAGAUGAGAGUGGGAAUGUGUCCCAGGAGCCUGGCCCCACCUAUGCCUCAUUCACUCACCACUUGACCAGUGAUGCAAUGACAGGCGCGCCCACAGAGAAUGAUGACUUUUGCAUUCUUUUUGCACCAAAAGCAACCAUUCAGGAGAAGGAAGAAGAACCAGUUGUAAAAAUAAUGGUCGAUGAUGCAAUCGUGAUAAGAGAUAAUUAUUUUAGUCUGCCUGUUAAGAAGACAGAUACAAGCAAAGCCCCGUUACACUUUCCCAUUCCUAUAAUUCGGUACGUGGUUAAAGAAGUCUCCCUUGUUUGGCAUCUUUAUGGAGGAAAAGAUUUUGGAACAGCCCCUCCUACUUCUCCAGCUAAAAGUUUUAUUAGCCCCCACAGCUCACCGUCUCACACGCCUACAAGACAUGGACGUACUGUGGUAUGCGGGGGGAAAGGAAGAAACCAUGACUUUUUAAUGGAAAUACAGUUCAGCAAGGUGAAGUUUCAGCAUGAGGUCUACCCCCCAUGCAAACCAGAAUGUGAUUCCAGCCUCUUGGAACAUCCGGUCUCCCGGCAGGUGUUCAUUGUGCAGGAUCUAGAAAUUCGAGAUCGGCUGGCAACAUCCCAGAUGAAUAAGUUUUUGUACCUGUAUUGCAGUAAAGAAAUGCCCCGGAAAGCUCAUUCCAACAUGUUGACGGUUAAAGCAUUACACGUGCGCCCAGAGUCUGGCAGGUCCCCACAGGAGUGCUGCCUGAGAGUGUCACUAAUGCCACUUCGCCUCAAUAUUGACCAGGAUGCCUUGUUCUUCCUGAAGGAUUUCUUCACAAGUCUUUCUACAGAAGUAGAGAUUCUCAUGGCUCCAGAUCCUGAAGUUAAAAAGUCUCCUGGAGCUGAUGUCACCUGCAGUUUGCCAAGACAUUUAAGCACCUCGAAGGAGCCAAAUCUAGUCAUUUCUUUCCCUGGGCCAAAGCAACCUCCCCAAAAUGACAGUGCCACCUCCGUGCAAGUGGUCAAUGGGGAAGAAGAGACCUUCUCAGCUGAAGAAGCAUCGUUUAGUGAUCAGCCGGUGUUUUUUAGAGAAUUUAGAUUCACAUCAGAAGUUCCCAUUCGACUUGAUUAUCAUGGCAAACACGUAUCAAUGGAUCAGGGUACAUUAGCUGGGAUUUUGAUUGGUCUGGCCCAGUUAAACUGCUCUGAACUAAAGCUGAAGAGACUUUUCUAUCGGCAUGGUUUGCUAGGUGUUGACAAACUGUUCGCAUAUGCGAUCACCGAAUGGCUUACUGACAUUAAGAAGAACCAGCUACCAGGAAUCUUGGGAGGUGUUGGGCCUAUGCAUUCCCUGGUACAAUUAGUCCAAGGCCUGAAGGACUUGGUCUGGUUACCAAUUGAGCAGUACCGGAAGGAUGGCCGCAUCGUCAGAGGAUUUCAGAGAGGCGCUGCCUCUUUUGGCACCUCAACUGCGAUGGCUGCUCUGGAACUCACCAACAGGAUGGUUCAGACCAUACAGGCAGCAGCAGAGACCGCCUAUGACAUGGUGUCUCCUGGUACCCUUGCCAUCGAGCCCAAGAAGGUCAGAAGGUUCCCUCAUCACCGGCUAGCCCACCAGCCAGUGGACCUGAGGGAAGGCGUGGCCAAGGCCUACAGCGUGGUGAAGGAGGGACUCACAGACACGGCUCAGACCAUUUACGAAACCGCAGCUCGGGAACACGAGAGCAGAGGGGUCACGGGCGCCGUGGGCGAGGUCCUGCGCCAGAUCCCUCCGGCGGUGGUGAAGCCUCUGAUUGUUGCCACAGAAGCCACCUCGAACGUCUUGGGCGGCAUGAGAAACCAGAUGAGACCAGAUGUUCGGCAAGACGAAUCCCAGAAGUGGCGCCACGGGGAAGACUGACAUUUUGGACGGGGUUCUUGGAGACGCUGACGAGGCUGGAAAUAAGGAGCAUGGUGUCCCACUGGCAGCUUUGGAGGCAACUCAUUUACUUUUAUUGUGCUCAUCUCAGGAACAAAACCAUUUCAUAGUUACAUGAUUUAGUAUCAAAACAACAUGCAGCCAGAACCCUUUGACAUUUUAGGGCUAGUGUGGUACUUGCCUGUAGAAGUGUUUGGUGGCUGGUGUCCAAAGUCUGUCAAGCAUUUGCUGCCGAGUUAGUGGAGUGCUUGCUUUUGUUAAAGUGACUGUCAUUUACCUUGUUACAGAUGCGCUCGUUCAGAACCUCCUCUGACAGUACAGAGUGCUCAAAAACAUUGGUGCCCUUUGAAAGCAUUAUUUACGUUGCUCCAAGGAGUCACUUUUUCUCCAGGUUUAAAACGAAUCACAGCUCUGAAACUUUCAUUGAAAAUGAGAGACUGAAGCCACAGGGAAAGUAAAGCAAAUAGGGUUUUCAGUAUAAAUACCAGUGAGGAAAAAACAACCUGGUCUGUCGAGUUUAGUGUUCAUGCACUUGAGAACGUCGCUCCCAUUUAUUCAGAAAAUCCUUCCGUGGGAGCUGGAGAACCUGAAUGUCACAGACUUGUUCUGUUGUGUUGCACUUUAUCCUGUGUGUGUGUGUGUGUGUGUGUGUGUGUGGUGUGUGUGUGUGUGUGCUGCGUGUAGAUUAAUGUGCUAUAUUCCGUAUGUAAUUUACAGAGUCACACAAAAUACAAAGAAGAGUAAGCCUGAAGGUUUUUGGCAAAGGAAGGUAACUCAAAUGUAAUAACUUUCAUUUAUCUGAGUGUAAAUGAAAAAUGUGUGUAUUCGUGAACUGGGGCCCAUGUAAUUGUUUCUGUGUUCCGUUUUAAGCAGGAAUGGUGUAAGCUUAUUGGGAACGUGUGGAAAGGGAGAUUGGAAGUGAUUUUUACGCUUUUGAAAUUAACCAAAAAUCCUCCACAUGCGCCCUAGUCAGCUAUUUCGAAGUACCAUUUUUACUUGGUUAACAGUGUACAUUUUGAUAACCUGUCAGGAAUGAAUAAAAUAUUUUUAUUUAAAGGUGAAAUUGUUUUAUGCUUCCAUGAAUAUUUUGCUUUUCUUAGAACAUAUUCGUAGAUGCAAUACUAGGAUUUAUUCCAAGAUCCUUGGGAACACUUUUCUCAAAAUUGAUUUUGGUUAAUAUCAAGCAAAUCAUUACCUAGGAAUGAGAGGGAAACUGUUCUCAAGAACUUAGUCUCUGACUUUCUUUAGCAGAAAGAAAAUUUAGGACUUUGUAUUCAUGCACUGUUUAAAGGUUCAUGAAGUGAUUUCUCAUUUUCUAAAGCGAGGGGAAUGUCGCCGAGAUGAAUGAAUUUGCAUUUCAGAACUGCAUUUCAGUUUGGGGUUGGAAGAUGCCAUUGAACCAGUUUCAUUCUCUAAACUUUCUAAACAAGAAAACAAUGUAACCCAAAAGUCUGAACAUUUAAAAUUUAUAAAAUUAUGUUAAAUGGCAUUCAGUUUUAUUUCGUUUCCUUUUUACUGCUAAAAGACUUACAAGGACAGUGCUCAGAAAACCCCCUGUUGAAGCCUCCCAGGACUGCGUUACUCUGCGCCAGUGAGACGGAGGCCCGUGGAACGCGGUCCUGAAUGAACGCCGGCCAUGCUGAUACCACAUGACGCCUCGGCCUGCUUCGCGGACGCCUGCCAACCACUCUCACGUCGACCCCAGGAUUUUCCCUAAUACUGGAACAUGCUGGGUAUAUUAUCUGUGAUGAUUAAACAAAAUGAAAAACACUUGCUCUAA